UAUUACAAAGCAAGGCCAAAAUAAUAUGGCCGGAUUAAAAAAUGUAUUGCCCUUUAUUUCUUUGGUUUUCAUUCUGUACGCAGGCGCGGUCACCGCCCAGCUGAGGCAGAACUACUACGCCAACACGUGUCCCAACGUCGAGUCAAUCGUCAAAACCGCCGUCACCAAGAAAUUCAAGCAAACCUUUGUUACCGUCCCCGCCGUCAUCCGCCUCUUCUUCCACGAUUGCUUCGUCUCGGGUUGCGACGCGUCGACGAUAAUAGCAUCGGCCGGUGGGAACACGGCGGAGAAGGACCACCCGGACAAUUUGUCGCUCGCCGGGGACGGAUUCGACACGGUGAUUAAAGCGAAACAAGCGGUCGAUGCCGUCUCGAAAUGCAAGAACAAGGUCUCGUGCGCCGAUAUUCUUGCACUCGCCACUCGUGACGUCAUUGUCCUGUCUGGUGGGCCAUCGUACGCAGUGGAAUUGGGAAGAUUGGAUGGAUUGAGUUCGACAGCAGCAAGUGUUGAAGGGAAUCUUCCUAAGCCAACUUUUACUUUGAAUCAGCUUAAUGCCAUGUUUGCUUCUAGAGGUCUUUCUCAAGCUGACAUGAUUGCUCUUUCAGCCUGCCACACGGUAGGAUUCUCCCACUGCAACAAAUUCAUGAACCGGAUCUACAAUUUCAGCCCGAAUAGCUCGGUUGACCCGACCCUGAACAAGCAGUACGCGACCCAACUGCAGGCAAUGUGCCCGAGGAAUGUUGACCCGCAAAUAGCUGUCGACAUGGACCCCACCACUCCGCGGAAAUUCGACAACGUCUACUUCAAGAAUCUGAUAGAUGGGAAGGGACUAUUUACUUCUGACCAGGUUCUUUUUACUGAUGCCAGAUCCAAAGGCACCGUCAACACGUGGGCUACGAAUUCUCAGGCCUUUAACACUGCUUUGAUCCAGGCCCUUACCAAAUUGGGCCGGGUCGGAGUCAAGACCGGAACCAAUGGAAAUAUCCGUUUUGACUGCGGAAGAUUUAAUUAAAACCAAAUUAAUUCUUUUCCAAAAAAAAAACCAUAACCAAGUCAAUUUUAUUG